GGCGACAUCACUUCCUGGUUGAGUUCCCAUGCUGGAUGUGUGCUUUACGGAGGUCUACACGAUUUUUCUCAGUUCAAGACUAAAUAAUCUCAUGGCUAAAGACAAAUCUGUGUCAAAACCGCCUAAAAGAAAGACACUGAGCCCAAAUGUCAAUGAGGUUCAUGUGGAAGAAAUGAUGGACACUAAAGUAAAGAAGAAAAGGAAAAAGAUAGAGGAGGCGCCAGUACAGAGUCCUCAUGUGACGAUCACAGGAGAUGAUACAAAACAGAAAAAGCAUAAGAAACACAAAAAGAAACACAUGACAGAGCAGAUGGCAACACAAACUGAGAAAUCAGAUCCACCCCAUCGUCUGGGGAGGACAGACGAGGUGGAGGGAGAGGAGGACCUAAGCCCCGAGGAGAAGCGGGUCCUGGAGAGGAAGAUGAAGAAGAUCCUGAAAAAGGAGGAGAAGAAGAGGCUCAAAGCAGAGGGAGAGACUGAAAAGAAACCUGAAGCAUCUGGACCCAUUGCACCUCAGCAGGCCUUAGACUAUCUCAUCUGCUGGGCCGACAACCGCACAGAGUGGAAGUUCCAGAAGACGAGGCAGACGUGGUUACUGCAGCACAUGUUUGACCCCCAACAGAUUCCAGAUGAGAAGUUCUCCGUGCUGCUCGAGUACUUGGAGGGGCUGCGCGGAGCAGCCAAAGACACCACAGUGCAGAAGGCCUUAGCUCUGGUUGAAGAGUCGGGACAAGCACCAGAGGACAAGGAUGUCCAGCAGAGGGCGCACAGAGCCAGAGAAGUUAUCCAGCUGCUCUCCUGAACCCACCACCAUCUAACAAAGGCAUGAAGCCCACCAGGAAAAGACUGAGACAUGUUGGUUGGUCAGUGGACUGACCAGUGGACUGAUCAAUCACCCUGGUGUCACACUAAAACAUGUUGUUUGUAUAUGUAGUUUUUUGGACUGGUCCUUCAGGGAAAGGAUGUGUUUUGAUUUAAUUACCAGUAUUGCUCACAUUUUUUAAUUUAAAUGUGUCUAGGUUACUGUUUAUUCUCCAUUUCUUGACUUUUCCUGUGUUCAUUGUUGCCAGGUAGUAAUCAGUCACCAAAAUAAUUUGUAUAAAAUAUGAAAUCUUACAAUGGGGUCGACUCCAUCUGCAUUCUUUUCCAGGUUAGCAAAUUUGGAAGUAGAAGGCUUGGUUCAGUCACGAACAUUAAGCGGGCGAGGAGUGGUUUAUAUGUAGAAAUGUCAUCCUGCAGAAACCUCCGUCAGGUCAUGUGGGAAAAUGUUUUUAGAAAGGCUUUGGAAAACAGCAUUUUGGCACUGCAACAUUCAUACUUUGAUGAAAUUUGUAAGUUCGGAUUUGAAUACAAAAGGAACACUGUUGCUACAACUACAAUAUUAUACAAAAAUAAAUAAAUAAAUAAUC